CAGGUUGAAGGAUUGGGGAUAGGGAAUGGACUCCCAGGAAAAGGGAUUGCAAACAUCCCAACGGCCAGAGAAUGAUGUGGGCGUUUAUUUUUCUGGAGCACGAUGGGAAAUAAAGGGGUUUGUAAUCCUAGAGCUCCUUCCGUGACUUUCUUCUCAAAACUCUGUUUUUCACAGCAAGGGAAACAGUUGCAUUUGCUGUGGUAGUGUUGGAAAUGCAGCUGCCAGUUUAUGCGUGGGAAGAGCCUGUCACUGGUGAUGAGGGGGCUCAAAACAAAAACCCAGAAAUGGUUGCAAAAGGCUAUCAGGUCUUGGCAGGAUCUGUGGAAAGAGUUAACGUUCUGGGGGGUGUGACCCUUCCUCAGAACUGGUAAUGAGUGACUCAUCUGGCUUUAGUGGUGUUCAUUGAGCACAGCCAUGAGCUGAAGACUGGCACCUGUGUUGGUGAGGAUCUUGGACUUGGCAUCUCUAGCUGAAGAUGGCAGCAAAUGUUUCUGUCUUUUGCAUUCUGGUGCUGUGACCUUCAACUGAAACAAAGAUGUUUAUGGAACCACCACCUCUAGUUUAACUGACUAUCGUCAACCUGUACUGUUCUGCCCUUGGAAUUUUUGGUUUUUUUUGCUCUGGUCCUGUGUUGUACCAUCAAGAUUUUAGACAUGCCUUAUGCUGCUCCUAGUUGUACUCCUACACUUUGAAGAAUUGAUCCUCUGGUUUGAUGGCAAUGGUUUAAUGAGGAAUGUGUUAGGCCAGAAGGUUACAGAUUUUCAUGGAAUACAAUUCUAUGCUGCUGAUGGAUGCCCAGUUUUCAGCUGCUCAAUGUGUUCUGAAUCUUUCUGAUUUAGGAUGAUGGCUGUGCUGCACAUCAUGCUGGAUGCCAAUCAGCAUAAGGCUGAAAUGCUCUUGCUACAGAGAAGACAUGGUGGUCACUACUACUAAUACAGUCAUGGAUAGACUCACUUGUGACAGAUUGAUGAGGAUAAGCUGCAGCAGUAAUGGAGUCAAGCAAUCAAAAGCAAAAGGUGAAGUUUAGUUUUGAUGCUGACUUUAUUGAAUCUCCAAGUAAAUACAGGAAAUAUGCAACAGAGAUGCUGCAUUGUUCACAUUGGAUGCAGGCACGACAAAACAGUAAUGGUUCUAUGAUGGAUCAUGUAGACAGCUUCCAGAAAAACAAAGAAAUGGGGCCAGCCUUUAGCAGUAUUGAACAAGUGAAUUCCACACCAGAAACUCCUGGUGUUGUCUUUUCUCAUUCGCAAGACUUCAAUUUCAACUGCACAAAUCAAUGGAAAAAGAGAAUUUCAUUUUGGAAUACUCUGUUUGCUGACAAAAAUCAUGAUCAAAAGAGAUCAACAUCAAGAUUGCCACAGCUAGACCAUGCUGAUGAUAGUACAACAAAUGAAAGGCGAAGUCCUCCUGCAGUUUUGAGCAGUACCUUGAAGCAAACAGCCAUCUCUGUGGUCCAGAGAAGAGAUUACAAAAAUCUCAUUCAACAAGAGACUUUGAAGGCAGCAUCAAUGCAGGGCAGUAAAGUCCUCUGGCUUAAAGCCAUAUCAGAAGCUACUGGUGGUGUCCUAAGUCAAAGCCAGCCACCAAAUGCUACUAGAAAUAGCAACCACUUCAAAGGAACACAGACUGGAUUAGUAUCUGCAGAACCUAUCUCAAAAUAUUGUGGGCAAAAACCAGGAGAGAUUUACCAUGAGAAGAACAAUGCCCAGGAGCAGUUUCAAUACAGCUUUCAAGAGUAUGAAACUGAUGCUGAAAAUAAUUCUGUAGAACCAAAGCACAACAAUGGAUCGAAUACCUCUCCAGGAAAUAAUAUCAAAAAGCUGAACCCAGAGCUGGUAUUUGAGGAUGUAGCUGUGGAUAAUGAGCAAAGCGUAAAAGGAAACCAGAACAUCCUUUCAAAAAAUGAUACUGAUCAAUGCAAAAUAUUCAUGGACGAUCAAUCUUUUGGAAGCAACUGUUCUGAUGUUGAAGAUCCCUCUGCUUUAGCUAUUUCUCCACAGGAACGUUCUAGUCCAAUGUGCAACCUAAAAAACUACAAGACUAGCACUCCAUUAGCAACCAAAUGUGUAACACAUCCACCAUUCUUGUACUUGAAUUCUUCUUAUCCAUAUUCAGAGUACAGGGCAAGCCCUCCAACCUCUCAGCAAUCUUCAUCCAGCACACUUUAUGAAAAUUGGCAACAGCCUAACUGUGAAGAAAGAACAGAAUCUUUUACAAGCCAUUUAGUAAACUCUUCGCAGCGUUUACAGUCUACUAUUUGCAAUAACUUGUCUUUUGAAUCAAUUCGCUGCUCAUUACAUCAGUUUGAAAACAGCAAUAAACUGGAUAUGACUACAGGUUCCUUCAACUCUUCAAUACUCGAUUCAGAAACUUUGGCUAAUAAUUCGGAGAAUCAUUGUGAAGUGAAGUGGGGAUUGAACUACCGAAAGGAAGGCUUUAUAGACACACAUUGCCAUCUGGACUUUUUAUUCUCUAAAUUGUCUUUUAGGGGAACUUUUUCAAACUUUAUGAAGGUUUACAACAGCACUUUCCCAGUGGAGUUUCAUGGGUGUAUCACAGAUUUCUGUGACCCUCGUAGUCUGGUUCUUGGGAAUGUAUGGGAAUAUUUACUGGAUGAACCACUUGUUUGGGGUGCUUUUGGCUGCCACCCUCAUUUUGCCCGUUAUUAUACAAAUUUACAAGAAAAGGCAAUUAUUCAAGCACUGAGACACCCCAAAGCAGUUGCUUUUGGUGAGAUAGGAUUGGAUUAUUCUUAUAAGUGUUCAACGGACAUCGCCAAACAAAAGCAGGUCUUUGAAAGGCAGCUAAAACUUGCAGUGGCAUUAAAGAAGCCUCUUGUCAUACAUGGCAGGGAUGCUGAUGAAGACUUAUUUGAGCUAAUGAAAACUAAUGUCCCAAAGGAUUACAGGAUUCAUAGGCAUUGCUUUACAGGCCGAUAUGAAGUGAUUGAACCAUUUCUACGAGAAUUUUCUAAUUUGUCAGUUGGAUUCACAGCCCUGUUAAGCUACCCAACUGCUGUUGUGGUCAGGGAAGCAGUAAGAAGAAUUCCAAUAGAGAGGAUUGUUGUAGAAACUGAUGCACCAUAUUUUUUACCUAGAGGAAUUUCAAAGAGGGUUUGUUGCUAUUCCCAUCCAGGACUUGCCUUAUGUACACUAAUGGAAAUUGCCAGGCAGAAAGUUAUGAAGCUAUCCACAGUUCUUUCUAUAGUGAGAAAAAAUACUCAAGAGAUAUAUGGAAUAUAAACAAUUGACCUAAUGUAAUCCUAUUUUAAUUGUUUUUUAAAUUGUGUCCCAUAAGAAUGUCAACAUUUAAUGAAUGAAUUUAUCCCAGCUUGGAAUGUUAUUUUUCAGCUUGCAUUUUUGCAUAAGGCUUAGUUUGCAUAUUUUUAAUUUGAGUACUAUUUCUUAUCAACUUUGAAUAUUGGAUGUUGCAACAUUAAUUUGUAAUGACUCACUAAAUAUAAAUGAAGAUGGGACUUAAAUUUCUGACCCUGGAUUUGUCAAUUUUGCAAGUCAAGAUUUUAAAUAUUAAGAGAUGGGUAGUUCAACCCAACAGCUCAAUAUUAGUUUCUAGCUAUCAUUUUUUUUCCUUGACUUAGUUUGUAAAUGAAUUAAA